GACCAGAUUUCAGCAGGGAGUCGAUAUUUAGCGCAACACUUGGACUCGUUCAUAGCAAAUCGAAACUUCUCAUGACUUUUCCUCCAGUGUCAUAGUUGGUUCCCUCCCCCUUUCAGAACCUGUUAUUUCGACAAAAUGAAUGGUUCUCUGCACUCCACGACCGAAGCGGUGAACAUUAAACUGAAGCGUGGACCCGCAGGUUUGGGCUUCAACAUCGUUGGGGGUGUGGACCAACAGUAUGUUAUGAAUGACAGUGGAAUAUAUGUGGCCAAAAUAAAAGAAGAUGGAGCAGCAGCAUUAGAUGGAAGACUUCAAGAAGGGGACAAGAUCUUGGCAAUCAAUGGAGUAACACUGCAGGAUCGGACACAUAAAGCAGCAGUGGAACUCUUCCGCACAGCAGGGGAUGACGUGGAGCUCCGUGUUCUGAAAAAGUUGCCUCGACACGUUAAUGGACCUUCAGACCGUCAUUCUGAGCAUGAACCUUCAGUGUCGCCUCUCGGAGUCCUGGCUGUUUUAUUAGGAGCUGCUGCUGUCUUUGCAUUCAUUUACAUGCGGCAAAGGAAGACACACUUUUAACAAUGCCAUCAUUGUAUAAUAUUUUUAAAAUCACAAACUUUGCUGAAAGCCAAAGCAGGAAAAGGGAACAAACUCUUACAAAUAGGCUGUGGUUUUGAUCAGGAAUGUUUAUAAUCUGAGUUUUUGUUUUCACAUAUUCAUAUGUAUUAUGUGAUUAACGGUAGCUUCUCGUUGACCCUACCUAUGCAUAUCCUGUGCUGAAAAGAUUUUUAAUCUUUGUGGCAUUAAGGACAUUCUUUCUCUUGGAAUGUCGUUUGCGAAAGACUAUUAAAUCACUGGGUCAGAUCAGAUUGACUCAUGCGUCAUGUCUCCUUUAGAAACUGAAAGACUGUCAUGUUCAUUUGUUAAUUGGCCUAUAUGUACCUCCAUCACUAAAUGGUAGGUGUGUAUAAGGGGCAGUGAGGAAGCAAACCACUGUACUUGGAAGUUUUGUCAUGAAUUCAAGUGACUGAGUUUGAUUUUCAUUUUGCUCUGUUGUACUGAAUUCUUGGAAAAGUGGUAUUAUGGUUAAGAAGAAUCCAGUUCAUAUAUUGUUUAAUAAUGAACUUUUUAGUCUUUUCCAACCAGUGUUAAAUUCAUGUUGCUCCUUGUCAUGGUCAAAAUUAAAAUCAACUUGCAACAUCCUCAAAUGGUUUCACUUUGAUGUGCUUAUUCUAAAAUGGGACCAUGUCAGUCAACGUGAACCACUGAAGAAUAUUGUGUAAACAGUGUCCAGUAUUUAUAUGUCACAGGCAGGAGAGUUGUUAAUGCAGAAUCAACACUGGAAGACUUAGGGAGAAAGCUGCCGCAUUAUUGUCACAACCAUUUUAAAUGCUCGUUUUGUAUGGAAGCCAGUGCUUGGACUUGCACUGUGCCUUCUGCUAUGUGUUUUGCCUUUUUAUACUGAAUAUAAUAAAUAUAUUCAGAUGGGGUGGAAAAACUUUUGUGCAGUGAAAGAACAGCUUAACAUUGAGAAGAAGCAGUUUUGCUCCACAGAAAGACUUUGGUAGGUGAGUUGCUGUCACUUUAUUUGCACUAUAGGCAAUAAUGGAAAUCCAUAUUUUUAGCUAACAGAGCAAAUGACAAGUGAACAGUGUAUUUGUCCACAUUUUGGUGUGUAGCAUAUUUGACUAUAUUUCAUGAACUCUGUUUAGUUGGAUUGUAAAUGAGUCAAUUUGUAGUCAGUAUGCCAUGAAAUGACCAGAUGCACUUAAUUAUAUGAAGUUUGACUUCCAAACGUCUAUUAAAAGUCAUGUUGAAUUCA